UGCUUUAAAAACAUGUGUGUAUCUAUAUCAUCAUCUCUCUAUCUUCCAUAUUAUCCUUCCCCUCUCCUCUUUUCCCCUUCGCUCGCUCUCUCUCUCUCUUUCUUUCUCUCUCCUGAUUUUUUCAUAUUGUGAUCCGGAUCUCUUGGAGGCAUCAUGGCUAGGGUUUUAGUUCAGUCAACUAACAUCCCUUCUUUGGUUGCUGGUGAAGCAAUUGGACAAUUCAAGGGAUCUGGAAAAGGAAAAGGAAAAGGAAAAAGGGUAGUUGCAAUGCUUUGUAGUUCACAGUCACCUUCUUUGAAGUUGAGAAGUUUUACUGGAUUGCGUGGUGGCAAUGCCUUAGAUACAAUGGCACGUUCUGGGCAAACACUUCAUUCUAAGGUAGCUGCUGCAACUUCUGGUAGACGAGGGAGAGGUAGCCGUGCUGUUGUUAAAGCUAUGUUUGAGCGCUUCACUGAGAAAGCAAUAAAAGUCAUUAUGCUUGCCCAAGAGGAGGCAAGACGUCUUGGCCACAAUUUUGUUGGCACUGAACAAAUUCUAUUGGGUCUUAUUGGUGAGGGAACUGGAAUUGCUGCUAAGGUUCUUAAAUCCAUGGGAAUCAAUUUAAAAGAUGCUCGUGUGGAGGUGGAGAAGAUAAUUGGAAGGGGCAGUGGCUUCGUUGCUGUUGAGAUUCCGUUUACUCCCCGUGCAAAGCGUGUGUUGGAACUCUCUUUAGAGGAAGCCCGUCAACUAGGGCAUAACUAUAUUGGGUCAGAGCACUUGCUUCUUGGAUUGCUUCGAGAGGGUGAAGGAGUGGCUGCUCGUGUUCUUGAAAACUUGGGUGCUGACCCAAGUAACAUUAGAACACAGGUCAUCCGAAUGGUUGGUGAGAGUGCUGAAGCUGUUGGUGCUGCUGUUGGAGGUGGAACUUCAGGACAAAAGAUGCCGACAUUAGAGGAGUAUGGUACCAAUUUGACAAAGUUAGCUGAGGAGGGAAAACUGGAUCCUGUAGUUGGAAGGCAGGAUCAAAUUGAGCGGGUAACUCAAAUUUUGGGUCGGCGUACAAAGAACAAUCCUUGCCUUAUUGGAGAACCAGGUGUUGGGAAAACGGCUAUUGCUGAAGGCUUAGCUCAACGAAUUGCUAAUGGUGAUGUUCCUGAAACAAUUGAGGGAAAGAAGGUUAUUACCCUGGAUAUGGGUCUUCUUGUUGCUGGGACAAAAUAUCGUGGAGAGUUUGAGGAGAGGCUAAAGAAGCUGAUGGAAGAAAUUAAACAGAGUGAUGAGAUUAUACUGUUUAUUGAUGAAGUACACACAUUGAUUGGUGCUGGAGCAGCGGAAGGGGCAAUUGAUGCAGCAAAUAUUUUGAAACCUGCUCUUGCUCGAGGUGAACUUCAGUGCAUUGGUGCUACAACACUCGAUGAAUACCGCAAGCAUAUUGAGAAGGAUCCGGCACUAGAGAGAAGAUUCCAACCAGUUAAGGUCCCUGAACCAACUGUGGAUGAAACCAUACAGAUCCUGAAAGGGCUUAGGGAGCGUUACGAAAUCCAUCACAAGCUGCGUUAUACAGAUGAGGCACUGGUUGCUGCUGCACAGCUUUCAUAUCAGUACAUCAGUGACCGUUUCCUGCCUGAUAAAGCAAUUGAUUUGGUUGAUGAGGCUGGUUCUCGUGUUAGACUGCGCCAUGCCCAGCUUCCCGAGGAAGCAAGAGAACUUGAGAAAGAGCUAAGGCAGAUAACAAAGGAGAAGAACGAAGCUGUCCGGGGUCAAGAUUUUGAGAAGGCUGGGGAAUUACGUGACAGGGAAAUGGAUCUCAAGGCACAAAUCUCGGCGUUGAUAGACAAAAACAAAGAAAUGAGCAAGGCUGAAAGUGAGGCUGGAGAAGAAGGUCCAAUUGUGACCGAAGCUGAUAUUCAGCACAUUGUGUCUUCAUGGACUGGCAUACCUGUUGAGAAGGUGUCGACAGAUGAAUCUGAUCGACUGCUAAAAAUGGAAGAAACAUUGCACAGACGAGUGAUUGGCCAAGAUGAAGCAGUGAAGGCGAUUAGUCGUGCUAUUCGACGUGCUCGUGUUGGGCUUAAGAACCCCAACCGCCCUAUAGCCAGCUUUAUCUUUUCCGGUCCAACUGGUGUCGGAAAGUCUGAACUGGCCAAGGCGUUGGCUGCCUACUACUUCGGUUCAGAGGAAGCAAUGAUUCGUCUUGAUAUGAGUGAAUUCAUGGAAAGACACACCGUGUCAAAGCUGAUUGGUUCUCCUCCCGGUUAUGUCGGUUACACUGAAGGUGGUCAAUUGACCGAGGCUGUUCGUCGUAGGCCUUACACUGUUGUGCUUUUCGAUGAGAUCGAGAAGGCUCAUCCCGAUGUCUUCAACAUGAUGCUUCAAAUUCUCGAGGAUGGAAGGCUCACAGACAGCAAGGGCAGGACAGUGGACUUCAAGAACACACUUCUAAUCAUGACAUCGAACGUUGGAAGUAGUGUGAUAGAGAAGGGAGGGCGUCGCAUCGGUUUUGAUCUCGGGUAUGACGAGAAAGAUAGUAGUUACAACCGAAUCAAGAGCUUGGUGACGGAGGAACUAAAGCAAUACUUCAGGCCGGAAUUCUUGAACAGAUUGGACGAGAUGAUUGUGUUCCGACAGCUCACAAAACUGGAAGUGAAGGAAAUAGCGGAUAUCAUGCUUAAGGAGGUAUACGAGAGACUUAAGAAUAAGGAAAUAGAGCUUCAAGUGACUGAGAGGUUUAGGGACAGGGUGGUGGAUGAAGGAUAUAACCCAAGCUACGGGGCGAGGCCACUAAGAAGAGCCAUUAUGAGACUUCUUGAGGAUAGCAUGGCUGAAAAGAUGCUUGCACGCGAGAUCAAAGAAGGGGAUUCAGUUAUAGUAGAUGUAGAUUCAGAUGGUAACGUGACGGUCCUCAAUGGAAGUAGCGGUACUCCUCCAGAGCCAACGCCCGAGCCAAUUGCUGUGUAGAUCAAAAUGGGCAGUAGAAUUUCUUGUUUUGUAUUUGCUUUCUCCUCUCCCUGGAUCUGGGUUAAAAGUUAAAAGGCAGCUGUUACUGGAUUGAUUGCUUGCUUUGGUAGUAAGUAGUAGUAUUACAUACAUACAUUUCUGAGUUGGAUGGAUGUACCCUACUAAAUUGGAUUUUACCAACUAGUAUUAUUAUUAUUAUUAUUAUUAUUA